AGAUCGAAUAAUGACGUCUACAGCUAGUCAACCAUUAGAUAAAUCACCUCAAGAUAAUCGAUCAUACAAAACAAUUGUACAGACAGAACGUGAAGAAUACCUGUUAAAAUGUAAUCAAAAUCAAUCCACUUCCAUGAUGGUAUCCGAUAGAAUUAUUGAUUCACAAACUACUAUUUAUGCUGCCGAUGAAUUAAAUCCUUCCCAAUUAGAAAUAAAUCGUAAAAUGAAAUCAAAAAAAUCUAAACGAGAUCGUAAAGAGAAAGAUCGUAAAAUGUCUACAUCCAAAAAUCGUGAUGUGAUGUUAUUGGUAAAAAUGAAAAAAGACAAUAAACAACAACGAAAAAUUACCUCUUCCGGUGCAGGUACCAUUAACAAUCCAUCAGAUUUUCAUAAUUGGGAGUCGUUUCAAAAAUAUGCUAAAUCAACAACAGAUCGUCAUCAUGGCACUCUAUUACAAAGUCGUUCAGGUUCAUUAGAUUCUAUUUCAUCAGCUUCAUCACAAUUAAGUAAAGUUUCUGCUUAUUCUGGUUAUUCAUCACAUUCGUCGCCAGCGACAACAUAUCGUAAGUCAACAUCAUUAACAAGUGGUCAUCAACAAUCACAACAACAAUCACAACAACCACAACCACAACUUCGACAUACAUCUCAAUCACCUCAUGAUCUUGAUGAUGAAUCGUAUGGUUAUUAUUCUAAGAAACGUUAUCAUCGUGAAGCUAGAGAGACUGCACCACCACCUGAAUCUACACGUCAUUAUACUGGUUCGAAUGCACAAAUAUCAAUGAAAAUGAAACAUAAACGUAAAGCGGAUAAACGUGAACUGUUGGAAAGUAGUAACAAUACUACUAAUAAUAAUUAUAGUACAAUGAAUUUACCAAAUAAACGUGAAAAACUAUCACAAGAUAAAGCAAAUGCCAAUCUAGACAUAGACGACGAUUCACGUACUACACAUUAUCAUCCUCAUCAUCAUCAUCAUUCUAUUACAACAAGUUAUAUUAAAGGUAAAAUGUUAAAAUCUGUUGGAACUGAACCAAGUAAGCAUAAAAAACAUUCAUCAUCAUCAUCAUUAUCAUCAUUGAAAAGUUCAAAAUUAAAAUCCGGUAAUCGAUUAACGUUGAAAAGAUUAUCGUCCAGUUCCAAACAUGCAAAUGAUUAUGAACAAGAAGAAGGGGAAGAAGAAGUAGAAGGUAAUGACAUCAGUGUACAGCAACAACAACAACAACACCGCCAACAGCAACAACAACAACAGUAUUCUGAAGAAAAUGAUUCAGAUGAUACACAUACUAAACGAAUCAAUCAUGACGGUAGUUAUCAUAACAAAUCAAUAGAUAUAAAUGAGAAGAUGAGUGGAAAAUCUAAAGAAUUAUCACAAGGAUUAUUAUUUCCUACUGGAAAUGAAAUAAAAAAUGAAUUCAAUCGACUCCAUCUACCACCAGCUCCACGUUAUCCAGGCUAUUCAGAAUCUUCUUCAUCAUCAGAUGAGGAGGAGGAUGACAAUGAUGUAGCAGUAGUUGGAAAUAAUUUCUUACGUAAUGAUCAUGAAAUGAAAGUUGGCGAUGAAGAUGAUGAUGAGGAUGUUAACGACGAUAAGUAUAGAGAACUACGUAAAGGUGAUGAUGGUGUUGAUGAUGAUGAUGUUGAUAAUGAAGAUGAGGUGGAUUCGUUUAAGAAUAAACCACCAGGAAAACCAUUUUAUUUUCCAUCUAUACAA